UACACACAGGAAAGCUCUGGUUCUCUUAAAGAAACAGCUCACCCUUGGCAUGGGCCCACUGAGCAGUAUUAAUAUGAAUUAUUAGUUCUGUCACAGUACUACCCAUGGAGUGCCAGUCACUGUCCACCCCAGAGAAAGAGAACAAUACUAGCCGUGGCCAAAAAUCAAAAUCCCAAAGUCUGUCCAUCAAACACACAGAAGGAAAGAUAACAGCGCUUCCCCUUUGGGUGGGCAGCAGUCAACAGUGUGGGGUUGCAGGGCAAUUUCUGCAUCAAUGAGAAGUCAGGAAUAAUGUAAAGAUGAAACGUUUAAUGCCAUUGUUUGUUUUCAGACAGGUACCGGUCACUGCUGCUUCUGCUGCAGUGCCAGGAAACCAAACUGCCCAAAGAGAUUCCUUUAGUGUAAGGCCAGACAAGGCAACCCAAAACCCAUCGCCUCUCCUGAGAAGUAACAGUCUUUUCUUCCCUCCCCACCCUACCUGCUCUUCUCUAGAGCCCACGCAGCCUUCUGCUUGCACACAGCAAGGGAUUAACACAUCCCUGUCCCACCUUCUCUGUUUGGACCUUGGAAAUCCCUCUCGGAGGCCAGAUACCAGAGACGAGGAAGAAUUUGGCUCUGAUCAUUACCGCUCUUCAGUCUGGACAUUGCACCAGGAGCAGAUACUUUCAUUGUGCUUCUCAGACUCUGGACUCUGAGGUCAGGGUUGUGGCCCUAGAACUGUGUGUGCCCAGGAAUACUGACCAGGAAGGAACACAGUAAGACUGAAUUUAUGCCAUUCAAACAUGUUGUACUGCGGAAAAAAAUCUUGUUACGUUGCUGUGCCAUCUGUCUUCAUGUUUUUGAUCCUUUUGACCUGCUACUGGAAAAGAUCUAUGUUCCAGAACGAUACACCAGGAAUAGCCUCCUCUGAACCAGCACCCACUGAUCAGAUGCUCGAGCUUUGUGGAGGGAAACCUGUCUCUAACACGAUCACAGCCUUGGAGGAUAACAGAACCUUUAUCAUAGCCCCGUACUUUGAUAACAGAGAGAGCAAAAUCACCCGAGUGAUUGCGAUUGUUCACCACGAGGAGGUGACGGCACUUUACUGCUCGUUCUGCUGCCAGCCUGAUGGGGAAACACACGUAUCUAGGGCAGACAUUGAUGUCCAUUCGGAUCGAUUUGACUUCCCUUACGGUGCAGCGGACCUGCUCUGUGCAGAACCCCGCACCUGUGAUCCGAGCUACGUGUCAAUUCACUCAUUCCCUAAUGGAAAUAUUGAGCAGCUGCCCAGAUUUGAAAUAAAGAACCGCAAGGCUGAGUCCUUUUCUGCUGACUUCACCGUGUGCAUCUCAACCAUGUUUGGAAACUACAACAACGUCUUACAAUUUAUCCAGAGUAUGGAGAUGUACAAAAUUCUUGGGGCCCAGAGAGUGAUGAUCUACAAGAACAGCUGCAGCCCCCUGAUGGAGAGCAUCCUGGCCUUUUAUAUUGCAGAAGGAACCGUCGAGGUCGUUCCCUGGCCAAUCACCUCCCACCUCAAGGUGUCUCCUCACUGGCGUUUCCCGAAGGAUGGGACACACAUUGGUUACUACGGACAAAUCACCGCUCUCAAUGACUGUGUGUAUCGCAACAUGUACCGGAGCAGGUUUGUGCUGCUCAAUGAUAUCGAUGAAAUUAUUCUGCCCGCAAAGCACCCGGAUUGGAAAACCAUGAUGAGGAGCCUUCAGGAGCAGAAUCCAGACACUGGUGUUUUCCUCUUUGAGAAUCACGUCUUCCCCAACACCGUGUUCACUGCCACCUCCACAGACAAGAUCGACACUUCGUCGUGGGCUGCUGUGCCCGGAGUGAACAUCCUGCAGCAUAUCCACAGAGAAGCCAACAGGAAAGAUAGAUUCAACCCUAGGAAAAUGAUAGUUGAUCCAAGAAAGGUGAUUCAGACUUCAGUCCACUCUGUUCUAAAGAUGUAUGGCAGCAGUUUGGCAGUGUCCAGCAAUAUUGCCAUAACAUUUCAUUGCAGGUUCCCCUAUGAAUCAGAUGUGCCAAAGAUAACCCUGAUAAGAGAUGCAACACUCUGGAGAUACAAUGCACCUUUGCUUAUUAAUGUUAAUAAGGUGUUACAUAAAACUGGUAUUUUAAAAACAAUGUUGAAGCCAUAAUAGAUGCUGAAAGACUCGCAUAAGAUGAUGGCAGUAGCACUUAAGAAAUGUUAGGUCCUCCCGAGUAAUAUACUGGAAAGAAUAACAAAGAGUGAUUUUCUGUUGAAGAGACUUCAGUGUAAGAAUGAGCUGAGACAUCACAAGAAAAAGUGCCUUGUAUGGUAGUGUUGUAAUAAUGAGUUAAUUCUCAGCAGAUGUCUCAACUGUGAUCUGUACUGCAUAUCAGUUGGACUUUCAAAGGAUGAAAAGGUUGUGCCAUCCUCUGAAUGUUAUUAUUGCUGCUUUCUAUUCCAAACUCGUAUGUGGGUUUUUCUCCCCCUGUUUUAUGUGAUUCUUUUUGCACAUGUGAGGGUGGAGCUUCCUGUACUGUAUAUGAAACAGUCAUCGGAUGAGAUGCAGGAACAGCCUGGGAGGCUUGGCCAGGACACAAAACUCCCUCCCCUGGUGCAGGCAAGUGAUCCAACCAUUAGGCUGCAGCCUCAGGCUCAUCUCUUGGUGCUCUCUUGAGCCUAAUGAUUUGUGUGCAGAGAAUAACACAC